CAAUUUCUUAACAUCAGCCUAUGCUGGGCAAUUUUUUUCCCUGCUUAUUUAAGCGACACAGCCGCCACCUUGAAGUCUUUCGCAUCCUCAUCGAUCAACUACCAACAGAGAACACAACCUUAAAAUUUACUUCAAAGCGCUUUUAGAAUCAAGUAUUCUUCAUAACUUCCUACUUUUAUUUGCUAUCUUACUGUGACAUUUGGAUUUCAUAAUGUCGUGUUAAAGAAAAUUAUCGUCUCGUGUCAAAUGGUGCUUGUGUAAAACAGGUUGUCUAUUGAUUUAAAUCGUUGGAAAUAUAUUACAAACUGGUAUUACGUGUACUGUUUGUUGAUCGUCUACCCUCUCCCAAAAUGCAUUGAACUUUUUGCUUACGCAUCGAGUCCUUUAAGGAACUGUUGUUUGCUUGUCAACACGUCUCUGGUUCUAUUAUAACCGCCACAAUUUUAUUACCCUAACUUUGUCCCCCUAGUUGCCAAGUUGGUCUUACCGCUCGAGCAAUCUCUACUGCCUUUUCAUCAUGCGAUGUCAACCAUAUUCUACAUAAAAAACUAACUGUUUCAUCGUCGAAGUGGUUCUUAAAUUUCCUCUCAAUCUUACCUCAUUGACUUACUAUCAACAAUUUACAUUUAGUCAAGUUUGUUGGAUCCUUGUCCUCUUUUCGUUUUAAUCCCGUUCCCGUUUCGUUGACCGUUUACCAAUAUCGUCUGCGUACAUAAACUACAUCACACAAAACGACAUACAACUGAUCAGUCGUCUCUUAAUCCCGAAUUACGCGUCUCCUGCCUUUCGUUGAUUAAACCUUUCCCUCAAUAUCUUUUUCCUACUAUCAGAGAAUCCACGUUUCUCCCCACUCAUCUUAUUUCGUUUCGUGAUCUUACCUGGACACCGAAUUUAGAAACAGAUUUCCCCAUGAAUUAUCCCGCAUACGAUAAUACUCCCGUGUCUUCGGGCGUCGUCAUGCCCGCUCAGGGCAGUGAGCGUCCAGCGCUUCAACAGCGUUAUACGGAGCCUUCCCAGUACCCACCGUACGCAUCAAACCCUCUCGGCAGUUCACCUGCUCAAUCCCAAUACUCUCACUCUUUUGUUUAUCCUCGCUCUGAAGGCUUACACAAGGAUCUUUACGCCGAGGGUUCCUGGUCUCUGCCAAACUUUUACACCUCGCCUCGCUCUGCCCCCCUCGCUGGAGACUUUGUUGACCAAAAUCUUUCCAAAUCUGUGGGUCGGCCGUAUCCAGAGCCUCUCAACACAAAUUUUGGCAGUGUGCCAAUUUCGGAAUCCUCCUCCCAAACACCAAUCUGGCGGCAAGAGCAAUUCUCAGAUGUCUAUUCGGAUGAAGUUAGCUCUAUGCUGAUGCUGAAUGCGCCUGAGAAGACACCACCCUUCACCCAUCUCAACACGCCUUCGUCUGCGGCUCUUGAUACGCCUCUGCAGUUGCUGUUCAAUGGCGACUCUAAUUUAGAGAAUGCGCAGCUCAGUUUGUUUCCGCAAACUGACCGCGAAUGCCAAAAUGCCUUGCUCGGCAACAUGGCAUCUUCGAACGGUAGCGCUUAUUCUCCAAACAUGGGUGUUGUUCCAACUGCUCCUGUCCCUGCAAACCAAGGGUUCUCGCAAAAUACCAACUCUAAGAGUAUUGGCGAUGUGAAUGUUGCUUGUUCACCUUACGGCGAGCAAGCCACCAUCGGUUAUCCCUUGAACAUGCAGGAGAGCAUUGCAUCUCUUCCUAGCCUUUCCGAGUCCGCUGCUUCGCUGGACUCCGUGUUCGCAUUUGAGAAUGUGCUUCAAAGCUACGAUUCGCCAGAGUUGGUGAACUCCGCACUGUAUAAUCCUUCUUUGUCGAACGGCUAUAUGCCUAACACAGGCUCCUCCCUACUUCUCCCUAACGAGAAUGUGCAAAUGCAGCAGCAACAGCAGCAGCAGCAGCGUCAGAUGAACUUUGCACCAAUGCGCUCUCCUGCGAUUGGUAGCGAUCCCAGCCAAUUGUCUCCGACAUAUCCCAUUGUGCCGCAACCGAACAUGGGAAUGAAAAAGGACACCGCUGAAGAGAAUGAGGGAGCUCCAAAGUCCGAGGAUAACGCAAUACAGAAUAGCGCUUCAAGCAACCCCUCCCGGCGGCGCAAGACCCGUGAUAACAUUUGUUUCAAUUGUAAAGUUACUCACACACCUUUGUGGCGUCGCACUCCGGACCGCAAGCAUUUCUUGUGUAAUGCAUGUGGUCUGUACGCCAAACAAUAUGGUAUUAUGCGUCCUUUGUUGCCUCGCACGAAGCCUGCCCACAACAAGGACAAUGCCGGUUUGGUGUGCACCAAUUGUCAAACUAAAAAAACAUCGUUGUGGAGAAAGAGUCCACAAGGACAAACAGUUUGCAAUGCAUGUGGCCUGUAUGCUCGCUUGCAUGGCCAGAACCGUCCCGUCAAUCUUCGCAAAGAGAAGAUUUCACGCCGGCGGCGAUUCCGACAGUCGAAGACGUCGCCGACCGCAUCCAUGGCAUCGUACAGCAGCGAAAGUAACACGCCUUCGAUGCCGCCGCAAGAUGUGCCAACGAUGUCAAGCAUGGGUGCAAUGGAUCCCAUGCAAAUGAUGCCUCCGGCAAUGUCGACCGCAGAGUUUCAAAAUGGCUUGUUGGCGGCUACGGGAAUGAACGCUGGCGUCCCCGUGAGCAAUGUGAUGUACGGCAACGCACCCUUAAACGGCGGUGCGUCCUACAUGCCCAAUUAAUAGAAUAUGCGUUCAGCAAGACUGUAACGUGUUAGGAGGUAUUCACUUGCCAUCCCGGCCUUUAUAAAACAUGCAUUUUUUACAAUUUAAAAGAAAAAACUGUUGUCUUUGGAUUUUUGGAGUUUUUCAUACACAACCAUAUGCUCACACACGUUCGCGCAUGCGUUCGCUCGUGUUUACACAGAGUGCAUGGGAGCUGUUGCAUACCUAUAUUUGUUUCUAUCUCACCUUUCUUUUAUGCUUUGCUAGUGCUUUGUUCCUUUGCUGAAGAGAUGUAUACUUAUCAAUUGGCAGAGUUGAUCCUCUUGUUUCGCUGUUUAAGCAUGUCGAAACUUUACUAAUUGUUUGCACUGGUUUUUGUUUUUUUCUAAUAAACGUUUCUUUUGAACGAUUGAGCUUGGAGUGUACGGGUGAGGUAGAGUUGGCCAACAUGUGUUUUUAUUAACAAAAAAAAGUAAGG